AUGGCCCAGCGCCUUCUCCACAACUCCCCCCUUCUUCGUUUCCAUCACGCCACCCCGCAUGCGCCAUUUUCUUCCAAGUCAUGGAGACAGUACAACAAAGAUAAUCAGAAAGAGAGCAGCAGCAGCGGCAGCAGCAAAAAUGGAGGAUUUGGGUCCCGACUACGCUUUGCCCUGCGCAACACCAAGGUCGAAUGGUACCCGAUCCCUGUCGGUCUCGGAAUCGGCCUCUUAGGGGUUUUGUCAUUCUACAAAUCCCAACGAGCAGAGCGUGAUCGUGCGGCUCAGGAUGCCGCUGGCGAGGAAUGGGAGAAUGGAGGCCGACCACCACGUCGCCCACGUAUCGUACCAACCGGUUCCUGGCAGGUGCAGUUCAUGUCGACCUUACCCCUGAAGGCCAUGUCGCGCCUCUGGGGCCGUUUCAACGAGAUCGAACUUCCCUAUUACUUCCGCGUUCCUGGAUUUAAACUAUACUCUUGGGUUUUUGGCGUCAACCUGAGCGAGGUCGCCGAACCCGACCUACACACAUACCCCAACCUUGCAGCGUUCUUUUAUCGCAAAUUGAAGCCCGGCAUGCGACCUCUCGACCCUGACCCAAGAGCCCUGCUCGCACCUUCCGAUGGUCGUAUUCUGCAGUUUGGUAUGAUUGAGCGUGGUGAGGUGGAGCAGGUGAAGGGCAUGACCUAUAGUUUGGAUGCCCUAUUGGGAUCGGCUACGCCGGCACACGCUGACCACAGCAACCGCCUCGCUGAUUCUACCGCGGAAGCCACUCAAAAAGACGCCGAGAAGCUCAAGUCUGAUGAGGAGUUUGCUCACCUGAAUGGCAUCUCCUACACCCUCCCUGAUCUCCUAUCGGGCGAGACCUCGACCAAGCGACGAGGCUCGAUGGAUGCAUCAACCACCUCCAAAACAACCUCGGAAGUGCAAGUGCAGGAAGAGCUGGCUCGCGGCGACGGGAUGCCCUGGUAUGCACCUCGAACGGCCAAUAAGCAUGCUUUAUUCUACGUGGUGAUCUACCUUGCACCCGGAGACUACCACCGGUUCCACUCCCCUACGGCGUGGGUGGUGGAGAGCCGUCGUCACUUUGCCGGCGAAUUGUACUCGGUUUCUCCCUACCUGCAACGCCAUCUACCAGGUCUAUUCACUCUCAACGAGCGGGUGGCGCUCCUGGGUCGCUGGCGAUGGGGGUUCUUUAGUUACACACCGGUGGGUGCCACGAAUGUGGGCUCGAUCAAAAUCAACUUUGACCGAGAGUUGCGCACCAACAGUCUGUUAACGGACACGGCGGCGGACUUGGCGGCAGCCUUGGCUGCGAAACGAGGCGAGCAGGAUCCUGGAUUCGUGGAGGCAACAUACCGUCAUGCCAGCCGUACGCUGAAUGGACACCCUCUGCAGCGGGGUGAGGAGAUGGGUGGAUUCCAGCUGGGAAGUUCGAUUGUGAUGGUGUUUGAGGCACCCCUGGGGACUCGGCAAUCUGUUGAUGCGGGCUGGCCUGAGGAGCAACCGUCUGACGGAUGGACGUGGAGCAUUGAAAAGGGGCAGCGUAUCAAGAUCGGUGAAAAAUUGGGCUUUGUGGGAGAAGCCUAG